CUGAUAUGUAUUUCUUGGCUCCCCGGCGUCAACACGUUGUCGUUGACGUUUCAAUUUGAAGCCACUGCGUUGUAUAUUAGGAGUAUUGAAUGGUAGCUGAGGAUGUUGUUGAUGAUGAUGUAGAUGAUGAUGAUGCUGUGGUCCGAAGCCAUGGCAAACAAGAACUCUGAAUUUGUCACUGACAUUAGACAGGAAAUUAGGCUGUCAAAAACAGACUCUUAGAAGUUUGGAUGUAGAAAUCUGCCCUUAAAACUGAAAUUCCGUCAAAAGAAGUUAUCGUGCGAAAAUUUCGAGAACUGGACUGUCACUACACGAGUUUUUCACGUGCUGUAACACUGUAUUUUUUAAAAUUCUCUAACGAUGGCCCAUUUUGGCAGAAUUCUCAACUUCGAAGGUAUCCCACCUGACUGUCAUCUCCCCACCAUUUUCCCUGCCUACCGAGGAUUGACAAAUUCUGGCAAAAGCAGUAAAGAAGGAGCUUUUAGCUGAAUCUAAUUGGGUAGCCAAGUCGAUCAUAUUUAGGGCUGAACUUUGAGACAAAAGGGUUCCGAUGCCAAAUUGUAACAACUGAGAACAGAUGGCUGAACGACAUAAGCAUCGCUCUUGUAG